CCUUUCUCACUCGUUUUCUUAUAACCCUCAACAAUUUAUCUCCAUAACCUAUUAUUCUCAACAAUACUUAAAGUUUGGUACACUGUUUCCUUUUCCCUUUAGCUCUCUUGGGUUCGUUUCUUUUAAAUUAAAAAUGGGGAUUCUUGGUGACCAUCAUCAUAAUCAUAACCAUAAUAAGCACCACAUGAGCUUUCAUCUGCACAUACCUCACCUCCACUUUCAUCACCACCAUGAGAAGAAGGAUCCGAAGGACAUCCCAAAAGGGUGUUUAGCAAUCUUGGUUGGCCAAGGAGAGGAGCAACAAAGGUUUGUGAUCCCUGUGAUCUACAUCAACCACCCACUGUUCUUGCAGUUGUUGAAAGAAGCUGAAGAGGAAUACGGGUUUGAUCAGAAAGGCCCCAUUACCAUUCCCUGCCACGUGGAACAGUUCCGUACCGUCCAAGGCAUCAUUGACAGGGAGAAGUGUUUCCAUCAUCACCAUGCUUGGUGCUUUAAAGUUUGAUUCAAAUUCAAUUCAUCAAGCAAAUUAAAACUAUGUACAUGUCAUGUGUUUAUUUUUUUCUAUUUUUGUUUUUUCUUUCAAUUUUCCACAACACCUAGAAUUUGGUGUUGG